AUGUGUGCUCCGUUAAACUUUCUUUUUUUUUUUUUUUCUACUUGCGCAGAAGUGCUUCUCAAACCCAAUAAGAACAACGUCCACCUUGAGGGGCUCACAAAACUAAUCCUUGGGCAUAUCGGUAAACGGUACUGCCUGGAAGACGCUAAUAAGUUAAAAUAUUUUCUCAUCCGGGGCACGCAUUUCAGAAAUAGCGCCUCAUCACACUUCUUGCUCUACAGAAAAAUAGUUCGUGUGCACUGUUUCCAAGAUUUUGCUAACGUCGUUUACAAAAAAGGAAAGUUGUGCGUAACUAUUAAUUUGAAUUUUGUAGCUUCCACUGCAACUGUAUUGUGAGUUUCGAGAAGUGUAUUUAUUUUCGCAGUUUGAGCGCAGCGUCCUAGUGGUCCUAGGUAGGCAGGGACGACGGCAUCUCGGACUUGAUGCAUUUGGUGUAAUUUGUUUGGCAAGCUGUUUUACCCUGGCAUUAAGUGGUAGCCUGAGUCAAGCUGGAUGCUCUUCGAGGGAACAUGAUGGAACUACAAAACCUUCAGAGCCAACUUAAAAGUGCCAUUCAAAGCCAUCAGAUCGUGCUGUCAAAAAUGCGCAUUGAUCCUCAGAAUACCGCGUUGCAAAAGCAACUGCACGACUUGCAAGCCGAAAUCAAAGCACUGAGUGACAAGCAAAAACAAGUAGUGCAGCAACUUCGGUCCGACCUGGAGAGGAAUAAUUCCCUUAAAUCUCCUCGCACAGUGGGUACUUUAAAAGGGGUGCUGUUGCCCAGUAUGGUGGUGUUGCCCAACCAUCCAAUCCGUGUUCCACAAUAUCCUCCGAGGAAUGUUCCACGUGUGCCCAAGACUGUAACGGUGGUGGUGUCCACAACAAGCUGUAAGGCAGAAUGUCCCAGUGUUGUGUCGUCAAGAGCCAAGCCAAGUAAGGAGGACAAUAAUAAGAUGGAGUUGAUGAGAGCAUUGGGGUUGAUGACACGAGAAGCCCUGAAAGAGCUGCAGAGCCGUCGUGGAGAACGCAAGCGACGUACAACAGCCAAUCCUCAUUUUUCUAAUGCAGCCCUGGAGCGCAAGAAUGCGCUUCGAGCAGAAAGCACCAAUGGACAUGUCUCACCUCCAGUGCUUGCCAUUAAGAAGGAAGAGGACCGCCUGGAAGCCUGGGUCAGCGACUAUACUUUGCUCAAGAAUGCCAAAGCAGUAGAGAAGCAGAAGCUGUUGAAGAGGAGCCUUGAGCUGAAAACAGAGCGCAUGCAACUCCAAGAGAAGAAACAACAGUUGUCUGAAAUGAUAGCAGUGAACUCAACAGAAACGUCGUGUAGAAUUGCAGGCCACCUACGAAAGUGUGCACAACGCACUGCACAGGUUGCAAAGUGUGGUGCAGUCUUUUAGAGGGUCUUCCUGAUGCACCAUAAACAUUUUACUACCUCAAGUGCACCUAUUUAUUUUUAUGUCGAGUUUUUUUAAUUAUUAUUAUUAUUUCCAAAGUUUUUGUUGUCUCGAGAGAUGCUCUAGUCUGGUCGUAUGAAAUAACGAGUAUGAAAGUGAAGCAAAGUAUCAAAUUCAUUUCUAUCUUGGAGACUCUCUGUGUAGUGGGGCGAUUGUCAGUUCUCAUUAGAUACAGAGUAGUCUUCUGUUUUGCACCGUAAUUUGACAUCAUCUUUGAUCACAACGUGUCUCAACAACUCAUUGAUUCGUCCUCGUAAGCAAAUGUUGAGUAUUUGUUGAGCAGCAACGAGCAAGUCCAAAAGUUGUGACUGAUUGUGUCACCCACUUGGUUGACAACUGCGGAUAAAUUUUACUUGCCUGGUUAGAAAAGUUGUUCAUCCGUGGGCGUUCCAUUGUGAAUGGCUGGAUAACAUUAGAUGAAUACAUAUCCUUGGUCACAUUUGGUCUGUACAUAGAGUCACUAUUUUUUUGCUACAUAUCUAGUUUCUGAGAGCAUUAAUUGUAACACAGAGUAUAACAAAAAAGGGGGCGAGACUUUGUAAAUGACGCUUAUUUGUUGUUGUUUCUUUUCUUCCAACGUUUUACAUGGAUGAGUGGUUUGUACAGAUUUGUGGAUGUGUUUUAAAGGAGAUGUUAUUUUGGCACCCAAAAAUAUAAAUUGUUUUUUGCAAAUAAUUCAAUUGCUCGAGAGAGUAAUUGUAGCCUCUUUAUAACCCUAAAUUAAUUGGCCUCACUGCGUGCUCAAUUGGUCUCAAUUGCAUGAACCUAUUUUUGUGGCCAUGAAUGGUUGGUCAAAUAAACCUCUUUGAAUGUUCUG